UGGAGCAAUUUGGCAACUCCAAGAAUUUGUUUGAUUUUUUUUGUAUUUGUUACUGAUGCAUCUACCAUGUCGCGUCGCAAGCAGGCGAAACCCCAGCACAUCAACUCGGAUGAACAGCUAAUAGUUGGAAACGGUUCUCAAGUAUGUCAAAACGACGGAGUUGGGGAAACGAGCGCAAAGAAAUGCAGGACUGAAGAAACCAACAUCUGUAAGAAAUGUUGUGCUGAGUUCUUUGAUCUUUCCAAGUUCCUUGAGCACAGGAAAAAUUGCACUAAAAACCCACCAGUUUUGAUUAUGAAUGAAGGCGAGAAGGAAAUGCCUCCUAAGGACUGCCCAGAGUCUUGUCCAGACAACUUUCCGAAUGGCCAAAUGAACAAUCAAUCUAAAAGUAACGAUAGCCCCGAAGAAAGAAUGCGUGAGGAGAGUGAAACUGCUGAAAUGAAUGUUGAUAAUGUAGAAUCUCAAAAACCAUGUGCCUCUAAUGCUGCUACAAGUUUACAUCCAGCCUCUGAUGUUAGCUAUGUUUCCCAGUCUAAGAUACCAAACACUAAUGUCACAUUGGAGACUAUUCACAACACUAAAGUUGCAGUGACUCAGCACGUUCCGGACGAUGCUUCUGCCAGCAACCCUAAUGCGACUGCAAGCGUCAAUGUCAUUCCAAUCUUGCUGGAGCAGUUGGUCUGCCUGCAACAGCAACAACUCCAACAGAUACAGUUAACCGAGCAAAUCCGCAUCCAGGUGGCAACGAUGGCACCUCAUUCUCUUCAUCCAUCUAUCGUUGCAGCUGCAGACCCCCUUAAGGCACUGGGGGCACACCUUUCACAGCAGCUUUCUGCUGCUGCUGCUUUAAUUGGGCAGAAAGUCGGUAGCCAAAGCUACUCAAUAGAAGGUUUUAAGCCAGUACAGGUACCUCAUUCCUCUGUUGGUUCAACUCAUUUUAGCAAAGGCUUGCACCAUUCCUCUGAGUCGGUGUCUCUCCAAACAACGAGCACUCUGACUUCGCUGACUUCCAAGCCUGAUUCCAUCUUGUGCUCUGAAAAUCCAGCCAGGCUUAAGCACAGCAACCUUACCAGCUCGGUUGCAAGAUUUCCAAAUCCCCUGCUACCUCGGUCCCCAAAUACAGCAACUAUUCACAGCCCGCUGAUUGGACUGUCUGCAGCCUCAGCAGCACGAAAUCAGAAAGGCAAGCCUCCAAACGUUGCCGUUUUUGAAACAAAGUCUAAUUCUGAAGAGUCCUUUUUCAAACACAAGUGCAAGUUCUGUGGCAAAGUGUUUGGAAAUGACAGUGCCCUGCAGAUUCACAUCCGUUCUCACACAGGUGAGCGACCUUACAAGUGCAACAUCUGCGGCAAUCGUUUUACAACUAAAGGCAAUCUGAAGGUUCAUUUCCAGCGACACAAAGAGAAGUACCCACAUAUCCGAAUGAAUCCGUAUCCUGUUCCUGAACAUUUGGACAAUGUUCCAACCAGCAGUGGGAUUCCAUAUGGUAUGUCUAUACCUGUUGAUACUUCUGCGAAUUGGGCAGACACCAAACCUGUCUUGCAAACGUUGCCCAAUUCCAUUGGAUUGAAUCUGUCGACUGCUUUUGAGGACACUUCAGAUAAAGCACCAGCAAGUGAUUUUCUGCGAAGGCGAUCUCCAGCAGUAAGUGAAACUGCGUCUUUGUCAUCGAAUAUCAGCAGUUACGAGUCGAAUGUUGAAGCGAAGUCUGCAAAUGAGAAUGGCAAUCCACCUACUUCCAUAAUGUCUGAAACCUCAAAGCCCAAGCAACCUUUUGGUAAUGUACUUGAUAACAGCCAAACAUCUGAGACAUCCAAGCUUCAACAGUUAGUGGAAAAUAUAGACAAAACAUCAGCUGACCCAAAUGAAUGUGCUGUUUGCCAUCGUAUUCUAAGUUGCCAGAGUUCACUGAAAAUGCAUUAUCGUACCCACACUGGGGAAAGGCCUUUCAAGUGUAAAGUUUGUGGCAGAGCUUUUUCCACAAAAGGCAACCUCAAGACUCACUAUGGGGUUCAUAGGGCAAAACCUCCUUUGCGGGUACAGCACUCGUGCCCGAUUUGCCACAAGCGGUUCACUAAUGCUGUUGUUCUUCAGCAGCACAUUAGAAUGCACAUGGGAGGUCAAAUCCCAAACACCCCUCUGCCUGAAGGCUACUAUGAUGGUUCUGAUCCAGAGCCAGCUUUAGCUGAUGAAAAUGCUGAACUUGACAGCAGUUUUACUGAUGAAAAUAUGGAUGAAUCUGAGUUGGAUGGGGAGAAAAGUGCAAAGGUGCCAGCAAGUGAGUAUUCAAAACCAGUUUUGCCUUACAGUGACUUACCGGCCAACUCUCCUCUGCUGGUUUUCUCCAAUAUAGCUGCUUUGGAAAGUCAGAUGAAAAUGAUUAACUCUAAUUCUAAUGUAAGCUUGCAGCGGCAGAGCAGUUUAAAAUCCAGUGAGAAUGGCUCUCCUGAAAGCGAAGGAAUGGCUAAUGAUUCUCUUUCGGUAGUAGAUCAAGAACACCAGAAUAAUCAGAGCCCAGGUGCGGCCGAAUCAGCAUUGUUUCAAGCUUCGUCUCCUGCUAACAGCUUUAAUGGCAGCCACGUGUCCAAGUCGCCAGGAUUCCCUAAUGAAAACGUAGCAACAAAAACUGAGCCUGUUGAGACAUCUGAACUGACAAAUGAUGCUGCGCUAGAUUUAACAUCUGGCAAUAUUCAUCGGAAAGUUAAGGAAGAAGUCACUAAUGUUCCGUUUACCAAUGGGGAUUGCAGUGCUGUUCAAGUUCCUGCAGGUUCCUUUAUCAGGGCUCCUCCUUGUCUGAUUAAAGUGGAAGUAAGCGACCAUGGAGAACGACCAGCAGGAACUACUGCACAGUUUCUUACCCCAUCAACUGUGGCUUCAAUCAUGCCACCUAUAUUGGCACCUCCACCCCGUCGCACACCUAAACAACACAACUGUCCUACUUGUGGAAAGAGCUUCUCCUCAGCAAGUGCUCUCCAGAUUCACGAACGCACGCACACUGGUGAAAAGCCAUUUGCAUGCACCAUCUGUGGAAGAGCUUUUACAACGAAAGGAAAUCUCAAGGUCCACGUUGGAACUCACAUGUGGAAUAAUUCAGCUAGACGUGGGAGACGACUUUCACUGGAUAGUCCUAUGAUACUGAUCGGCAAUGACCCAAAGAAGAUUUCUGAGAUGUUCCCGAAGGAUCUAAUGGCCCCAUCAAUGAAUAUUGAACCAUCCGUUUGGAACCAAUACACCACUGUGCUUACUAACGGCUUAGCUCUGAAAACCAAUGAGAUCUCAGUGAUUCAGAAUGGUGGCAUCCCUCCCAUCACAGUUAGCGUCGGAAGUGGUUCUGCUGAAAGCACCAGCUCUGCAGUUUCCAAAAUGGAUCCAUCCCAGUCUGGCAUCAACCCAGCAAUUGCUGAUGAGGAAAAACCUAGCUCUGAAAGUGUUUCAGCACCUCACUUCCCACAUUUUGUGGAAGAAAGCAAAAUAGCUGUUAAUUAAUAAAGACAUUCUAGCAAAUGUGCAGAGUAGAGUAGGUUUUAGAUUUAGGUUUUAUGAAAAAUAACAACCACAGACCUCAAUAUGGCUACUAUUUUCAUAUAAUCCUCAAAUAUGUAAAAUAGUUUUUUUACUGUAGCUGUCUCUAACAAAACUGCUGGGUACCUCCCUGAAUUUGUGUUAUGAGUACAAUCAUUGCUUUGCAAAUUUAGUAUAUGAAACUCUCUGGGAUUUAUCUUUAAAAAAAAAAGCGGGUCUUGCAAAGUGAAGCGUUUACAAUAUGACUUAAGUUUACAAUAUUUGAAGUGUACAGCCUCUUUCUCAUGAAUUUUUACUGCAAAUUCCUUAUGAAUCCAAAGAUUGAAAUAAGUUCUGCAACUAGUAAUAGUUUUGAAAUUAGUAGAAAUUGAAAUGAAUUGUUUCCAUAAACUACUAUAGAUAUGUCUUUGAGAAUGUGUGUAUUUGUAUUUUGCUGUUUAUACAUUAACCAUUUAUGCGGGUAACUGUUCUAGAAUGUCAUUUGGUGCCACCUGUCUACAAUUUGACAACUGAUCUAUCAAAAAAUCUUGAAUGAACUCUUGUUUUAAAUAAAAUACUAGAAAAAAGAUGUGUUUAUAGGGUUAUGUAUUUGGUGAAUUAAGCUUCCUUGUGUUUCUUUGGAUUACUAGUCGAAGAUUAUAAUAACCAGUUAAACAAAUUCUCUGACACUUAGCUAGAGAGAUUUUGGUAUUUUUGGAACUGAGCAACAUGAGAGUUAAGUGAUAGGAAUGAUGUUUUCUUUCCAAGCUGAAGGAACAGUUUCAGUAGUACAAUUCACCUCACUGUGUGUAAACUGGAGUGGCAGAAUAAUCCUGAUCAGUACAGCAUUAUAUUUCAGUAACCUUGUUCAUUGUGAGUGAGGGAAGAAUUGGGCUUGGCUGUGAUACCCUCCAGAAAAUUAACUUGCAUGUGCUAUCCAGUAAAGAUGCCAAUGACACAAGGGUUUGUAGACAUCUACAGAAUAAGGAUCUGGCAUAAGUUGUGGCAUUGGGAGAAGACAAAGGCAAAAUUUUUAUAGAAAAACACACAUCUUGUCCAGGACUGAAACUUUUGAAGCUAAUCAAUAUGAUUUCUAAAUGAAUGUGUAUAUUCAUUUCUAUAUGAAAAUAAUACAUGGACGGAUAAAAUAAUAGUUAUUUGGUCUUGGUAUGUUUUUGCUGGGUGGAUAUGGCAAGAAGUGAAACUCCAUAGAAACAAAGUCGCAUUGACAUAAACCUUCCAAUUGGUAAUUUGAUAUGGAAGAAUUGGCAGCUACCUGUGUUCGUUACGAAGAAUGAUGUAUACCCCCAUAUACGUAGGAGGGGGAAAUGCAAAUGAUUUCUAAAUUUAGAAAUAUCCAACUUGUUUAAAUUUGAAUUUGCCUUUUCCUUCUGUUUAAUUGUGAGUAAAACAAGAGUGCAUUCUUGAUUAAUUUAAUAACAUCCUGGUUAAAACCAGGUAACUUGUUUGAUUUGUGGAUGGUGCACCAUUUGUGAUUUAGCCAAAGGAGACCCACGUGUAGCAUAUGAGGGAAGUGGGGAGGGUGGGCCCCAGAACUUGAAGUAAUUUUGUUAACUACCUCACUUUCUAAUUUACUUGUUUUGUGUGUGUUUAUUUUUUGUGUUUUGUUUUGGUCAUGCUGAUUACUUUUUUGUAGACUAUGACCAAUUUUUGUAACAAGAACUGGCUUUGAGUAGAUGCCUUGUGCAGUUGGAAACCAGUAAAUGGACCAAGUUUGUUCUCUUUUGUUGACAGAUUGGAAACAUUUUUUAAUGAAAUUCUCUUGACCUUUUCUGCGUGCUAUAGUUUAACACUGAAUGUACAACUGGAGUGCUGAACAAAAUGGACACUGCCUUUUGGCUUACAGAUGGAAUAGUUUGGGACUUAGAAGACUGAGUAAAAUUUAAUUGCCUAUGUGGAAGAGUAUGCUACCAUUUCAGUGCAGUGUUUUCUUUGGAAGAUUUGAAAUGACUGCUUCACUUUUGGCCUAUUUUGAUUUCAGUUUCAUGGUGCUUUCAUGGGUAGAGGACUGAUAUAAGGGUAACAGUGAAUCUACAGAAUCUAAAUGGUUUACAUGAUAAAUGGAUUUUUUGUUACAUCAUGUUGUCUUGAAUAUGCUGUCUUUCAUGAAUGUUUUAGCAACUUUCUUUAGUACAUCUGAAUGUAAACUUGAUUCUUUCUGGCAUAUGGGAAUAAAUGCAGAAUAGCAUUGUCACAA